AUGUUUGGUUUUUCGGAUGAAGUGGGGAGCAUGAUCAACGCCUUUUUUGGUGGGAUGCCUGAUGGGCUCCAUCAUGUGGGCGGGCGUCGUAGAAAUCAGAAGGCUUCUUAUGCAUUGCCUGUGACGUUAAGCGAUCUGUACAAUGGCAAGACGUUUGAGCUUCCACACUCACGCGCCGUCGCAUGCCCAAAUUGUGAAGGCCGUGGCACGAAUAGCAGGAAAAACAAUGUCUGUCGGAGUUGUAGGGGAAACGGCUCGCGGCUCAUUGUGCGCCAAAUGGGUAUGAUGAUGCAACAGAUGUCAGCACCUUGUGAUGCAUGCGGGGGCUCUGGACUGAAGGUGGAUCCAAAAGACGUCUGCACUGCGUGUCAUGGCCAAAGAACGACGGAGGUGGAAUCUUUUUUGACUGUGCCCGUGGAGCGUGGCAUGCGUCAUCACGAUGAGGUUGUUUUCCGUGGAGAGGGAAGCUGCGAUCCGUACACGGGCGAGCCUGGCGAUAUUGUCAUUGUCUUGGAGCAAGUGAAGGAUGAACGGUUUGUGCGUGAGGAGGACGAUCUUCACAUGAAUCACACAAUUACACUGGCGGAGUCGCUUUGUGGGUUUCAGUUUGUUUUUAAGCAUCUUGACGGUAGGGAGCUCAUAGUGCGGCGUGAGAGAGGGGAGAUCACACAGCCCGGGGAGGUAAAAGUUGUGCUUGGGGAAGGCAUGCCACGGCGACAGCGUCCUGGUCAGCACGGUGACUUAGUAAUUAAAUUUAAUGUCACUUUUCCGAAUAGACUGGAGUCUUCACAGGUGGAUGCUUUGCGGAAGGCGCUUCCUCCACCUAAAAGUGUGGAUCUGCAUCAGUGCGAUGACGCAGAGGUGUGUUAUGUGACGAGAGAGGAGCUGGAUCACCUUCGCAGGGAGCUGGAGGAGGAAGCGAAGGAGGAGGAUGAGGGUCCAAGCGUUGGUUGUGCGGCUCAAUAA